CCUCCAAGUGCACAUGCGCGACAAGGUCUCCAGGAUGAAGCUUUUGUUGGGAAAGCAAGCGGGACUCUUAUUUGGACAGUGAUCUGUUGCGCAUGCGCGGGGCUUCCUGAGGCGGUGGGUGGUAUAUUAGGCGAAGAGGCGGGGUCGCCCGAGCUGCCGCGCUGGCAUUUUCUCCUGGACAAGGAGAGAGUGCGGGUGCAGAGAGCGGAGCAGAGCAGUCCCGAUCCUCUGAGUCGUGAAGAAGGAAGCAACGAAGGGGGUUGGGGUUGGGGCCUGAGGCAAGGCUCUGCUCUUGCCAGAGAGACAAGAGCUAUGGCUCAGAAACCGGACGGCGGUGCAGGCCUCCGCGGCUUCCAGGCAGAGGCCUCUGUAGAAGACAGCGCCUUGCUUGUGCAGACCUUGAUGGAAGCCAUCCAGAUCUCCGAGGCUCCGCCCACCAGCCAGGCCACAGCAGCUGCCAGUGGGCCGAAUGCUAGUCCCCAGAGUUCACAGCCCCCAACUGCCAAUGAGAAGGCUGAUACUGAGGUUUCAGCAGCUGCUGCCAGGCCUAAGACAGGCUUUAAGGCCCAGAAUACCACCACAAAGGGGCCAAAUGAUUACUCUCAGGCACGUAAUGCCAAGGAGAUGCCCAAGAAUCAGCCUAAGGUGGCCUUUAAGUCACAGAAUGCCACCUCUAAAGGUCCACAUGCUGCCUCUGAUUUUUCCCAUGCAGCAUCCACAGGCAAAUCAGCAGCUAAAAAGUCUGAAAUGGCCUUUAAGGGUCAGAAUACCACUACUAAGGCUGGCCCCAGUGCCACCUACAAUUUCACUCAGUCUCCCAGUGCCAAUGAGAUGACCAACAACCAGCCUAAGACAGCUAAGGCUUGGAAUGACACCACUAAGAUCCCUGGAGCUGAUGCCCAGACCCAGAAUGUAAACCAGGCCAAAAUGGCUGACGUAGGGACCAGUGCAGGUAUCUCUGAAACUGACGGUGCAGCAGCCCAGACCUCAGCAGAUGGCUCCCAGGCUCAGAAUGUGGAGUCCCGGACUAUAAUUCGGGGCAAGAGGACCCGCAAGAUUAAUAACUUGAAUGUGGAAGAGAACAGCAAUGGGGACCAAAGGCGUGCCUCGCUGGCUUCCGGGAACUGGAGGUCUGCUCCGGUUCCAGUAACCACUCAGAACCCACCUGGCGCACCCCCUAAUGUGCUGUGGCAGACACCACUGGCUUGGCAGAACCCAUCAGGCUGGCAAAACCAGACAGCCAGGCAGACCCCACCAGCACGUCAGAGUCCCCCAGCUAGGCAGACACCAUCAGCUUGGCAGAACCCCGUUGCAUGGCAGAAUCCAGUGAUCUGGCCUAACCCAGUGAUCUGGCAGAAUCCAGUGAUCUGGCCAAACCCCAUUGUCUGGCCUGGCCCAAUUGUCUGGCCAAACCCAAUGGCCUGGCAGAGUACACCUGGAUGGCAGAGCCCACCCAGUUGGCAGGCUCCACCUAGUUGGCAGAGCCCUCAAGAUUGGCAAGGCCCUCCAGAUUGGCAGUUACCACCUGACUGGUCAAUGCCUCCUGACUGGUCCUUUCCCUCUGACUGGCCUUUUCCACCUGACUGGAUCCCUGCCGACUGGCCAAUUCCACCCGACUGGCAGAACUUACGACCCUCACCUAAUCUGAGAUCCUCCCCCAACUCUCGUGCCUCACAGAACCAGGGUCCUCCACAGCCCCGAGAUGUGGCCCUUCUUCAGGAAAGAGUAAGUGCUAUACCUCUCCACUUUGUUUACUUCCUGGUGCUUCCCUUCUCUCCUACAGAAAUGCUGAGAGAUAUCAUCCGAGAAUACACUGAUGUUUAUCCAGAAAUCAUUGAACGCGCAUGCUUUGUCCUGGAGAAGAAAUUUGGAAUCCAGCUCAAGGAAAUCGACAAAGAAGAGCAUCUGUAUAUCCUCAUCAGUACCCCUGAAUCCCUGGCUGGCAUACUGGGAACGACCAAAGACACACCGAAGCUAGGCCUCCUCUUAGUGAUUCUGGGCAUUAUCUUCAUGAAUGGCAACCGUGCCACUGAGGCCGUCCUCUGGGAAGCACUGCGCAAGAUGGGACUACGUCCUGGGGUCAGACAUCCCCUCCUUGGCGAUCUGAGGAAACUUCUUACUUACGAGUUUGUAAAGCAGAAAUACCUGGACUACAGACGAGUGCCCAACAGCAACCCUCCUGAGUAUGAGUUCCUCUGGGGCCUCCGCUCCUACCAUGAGACUAGCAAGAUGAAAGUGCUGAGAUUCAUUGCAGAGGUUCAGAAGAGAGACCCUCGUGACUGGACUGCACAGUUCAUGGAAGCUGCAGAUGAAGCCUUGGAUGCUCUGGAUGCUGCUGCAGCUGAGGCAGAGGCCCGGGCCGAAGCAAGAAACCGCAUGGGGAUUGGAGACGAGGCUGUGUCUGGGCCCUGGAGCUGGGAUGACAUUGAGUUUGAGCUGCUGACCUGGGAUGAGGAAGGAGAUUUUGGAGAUCCUUGGUCCAGGAUCCCCUUUACCUUCUGGGCCAGAUACCACCAGAAUGCCCGCUCCAGGUUUCCCCAGGCCUUUACCGGCCCCAUCAUUGGCCCCAGCGGCACUGCCACCGCCAACUUCGCCGCCAACUUCGGUGCCAUUGGCUUCUUCUGGGUUGAGUAAAGUGUCAGAUACUGCUCAUCAUUUGCAAUAGUUUUCCCUGAGUGAGGCUGAAGCCUCAGAUUCCUUCAAAACACAGCUAUCUAGAGAGCCACAUCCUGUUGACUGAGAGUGGCAUGCAAGAUAAAUUUAUUUGCUAUUCUGUCUAUUACUUUUUUUUCCUUGUGUGUUGUCAAGUUUUGGUAUCAGAAAUAAAUGUUGAAAUUGCAAAGUGAA